CGAGACUUCGCGGGUCCUAUGGCAACAUUAUACAUUCUGCAAAUAUGGCCGACUAAGCGGUAGAUAAUAAUUCUAGAAAGAUUACGGAUGCCUGGCAGUAUGUCAACUGCCAACAUGCCGACGGUAGAAGAACGUGAUUUUCUCGAGAACUCUUUUUUGGUCAAACACAGUGGCUUCACACCGCGGCCGAUACAGAGGUUGGCACAGAGAAAGAAGCCAAGAACAAUGCUAAAUAUAGAAUGCAAUCACUUCCUCCGUACGAAAACUGAGUCAUUCACACAUGGACAUCCCAUGCUAGGUUACAAGUUGUGGCUGGAAGCAGGAAAACAUGAAGCCCCCUACCCGAGCCGGCCAGAUGACAAUUAUAACAGUAAUGUCUGGCGUAACUUUCGAAGGCAAUAUGGAUUUAGUGCUACAGCAGAUGGACGGAAAAUCUCUGAUGUUAUCGCCUCUAUGUAUCCUCUAAAUAUACCUCCACCAUCACAAGUUGGUGACCACUCUUUUGACAAAUUUAUCAGAGAGAGUUCAUUGUUUAACAAUGAAAAAAUGAAGUCAUUAGCUAUGGAGAGAACAAAGAAUGAUGUGGUAGAAUUUAAACGCCUUCGAGUGAAAAGUGAUGCAAGGAAUCCCCCACUAGAUGAAUCUGGACAAAUUAUACCUCCAGAGAAUUUCAAGAAAUAUGAGCACCGUUUUGUUCCUCCGCCUCUGCCUCCCCCGACACCCCCUCCAGCCAAUCAGAAGACAGACUCACUUGGACAGCGCUACGUCCCCAAGUCUGAACCACACCUAUGGAAGCUGUCUUACAAACUGUCCAAUCCACAAUAUGAACAUGUUCGACAGGAGAUUCGUAAACGUCAAAAGAUGAUGAAGGAUGAACCGCCACAGUCUCCUCAACCACACAUCCCAAAGAACUUUCCAUCUCCUGUCAACCGCAAAACGUAAUGAGCACAGAUGCCAUUUGCUUAUUAUGGUGGAAUUUCUUGUUGUCAAGGCCAAAAGUCAACCUUGCUUGGCGAUCUCCAAAUCUCAUGAUGAUAUUAUUAUUGGGGUAAUAUUCAGAUUCUAAGCAUUAGGUAGAUAAAGUGUGAUGAUUGCCAAAGUAAUUGUUAUUGAUGCUAAACACAAAAUGUAUAUCUAUAAAGUCAAAAUAUUUGGUGUCUGCCAAAAUUUCAACAUUUUCUUUUUAGCUAAGUCUAUCCUCUUGGUAUAAGCCAAAUUAAUUUCAUUUUUUGUUAUAAUUAUACAAACAUGUGCUCACAUAUAACACUGGCAUUUUCCACACAAAUUACGAAACGUUCAGAAGCGACAUUCUCUGUGGAGUCCUACUGUUUUCACGAGGGUAUUAUAUCAACACAAUUGAGUUCUGUAAAUGAAAAUACCUGUGGAAAGGAUUUUUUUGGUUAUUUUGCAAUAAUAGAAUAGAUGAGGAUCAUACAUCACAAUAAUAUAGAGAGUGUCUUAUCAAUCUGCUAGUCAUGAGUCAAGUGCAUUGUUUCUAAAUUUGACUCAUUAAAGUUUUGAAAAUUCAUGGAACUAUUCACUACUUUUCAGAAGUUUUAGAACAAGUCUAUGUGAAACUGUAUGAUAAAGUUAUAAAUGUUUAUUCAUAUAUAUUUGUUCAAUGAGAAUAUUUACCAACAUGGGUGGUACCCAAAAGAAAAUAUUUACCUGUAUAAGUAGUCACUUGCCUUAAAAGUAUUAAAAGAGUCGAGCACUUGAAGAAUCUAUUUUUUGUACUUAAUGCAAAAAAAAAAUAUCGACUAAAUGUGUGACAUAUGAAUUUCUAUUUUUUAAUAAAAAAAAAUGUCAUUUCAACAAAUAUUGAUUAACUCUUUCAGUACCACUUUUAAAUGUCUUUUGGCAUCAACAAAAUACGAUCUCUGAUCAUACGGAAGAAAGUGUGUUUUAAUGAUUUUCAUAGUUUAUGCCAAAAAAGAAACAUGAAGUACAGAGUUAUUCUUAUUCCAAAUAUUAUUUUUUAUAAUCAUAUAUCUUUUUUGAGUGUAACUCAAAUGUAUUCAUCACUUUAUCAUAGAUCCGAUAAAAUGAAAAAAUACUAUAUAAAAUGUCAUAUGUUGUGUAUUAGGCAUAGGACCACGUUUUGUCCUAGAGCAUUACAAAAAGGUUAUUUAUUUUAACAAUUUUAUCAAAAUUGUAGCAUCUCCAUCUAUGUAAUUUAUAUCUAGUCUAAUCUUAUUAUUAUAAUGUAGCUAACAUGAGAUACUCAAGUUUGUAUAAGGGCCCAGGCUUGGUCAAAUGACAUCUGUAUAUUUCACUAGAGAUAUUUUAAAAAUUACAUGUAGUACAUUUAUUUCUAAACUUGCAUGCGAGGAUGUUCAAAUGAAAGCCUGUUACACCCUAAACAUGAAAACAUUCCAAUAUUUUAUUAGAUAUUUAGAAAAGAAAAUUCUGCACAUUUGAGUAUUGUGGCCAGGAAGUUUGUGAUUUAGAUUUAGUAAGAUAAUUUACUGAGGAAAAGUAUAUGUGACAACAAUUUUAAGAUAAUUUUAUAAACAAAAGUGAACGUGAUAUUAUUGAUGUAAAAGUUAAAUUUGUGGUAAUCAAAUCAUUAAUACAACAGACAAGUUUUGUUGAUGGAGUCGGUAUUUUCAAGCUUUUUUGAAAAGUGUUUUGUCUUUAAUAAAAAGAAUACUGUGAUCGAAACAUGUAAUUUUCAUAUAUGCAGUUCAUUUUCUGAAAAACAAUCCUGGAGAAUUGUUUUUGAUAUUCAUAAAUCCAGUUCUAUUUAAGAUUAAUGAAAAAUUGAAUGAAGCUGAGAGUCCAGAUUAACAAGCUACCAUUUGAUAUAGAAUGAAACUCUCAUUAGAAAUGAUUUAUAAUAAAGGGGAAAUUACUCUUCAUACAGUUUUUUGUCAGUGAUAAUAUAUAAAAUGCAUGUUAAUACUGUUUAACUGUCUUUAUUUUAUUGGUAUAUAUACUGUUUUCUAAUAUCAUACUUUAUUUUUAUACAACUUUGACCUCAUCUUGUAAUCUUAAACAUGUAUACCCGGGGGGUAUAGCCCUGACAGCUUCUGAAUCUGUAUCAACAAUAACCAAAACUAUAACUAUACAGAAAUCCAGUUAACUUCAUAUUGAUUUUUAAUAGUAUUUUAAUAUGGUUUUUGAUUAAUUGCAGAAUUAUAUUACUCAAAAUGUUUAUAAUUGAACCAUUGAUAAAAAUGUCAGCUGGUAAAAUACUAGCCGCUUCCUACUGACUCGGCUAGAGAGAAUUUCUCUUUAGCUCAUUCGGUAGAGCGUAAAACUUAAGUAAGCCAAAGUUCAUCACUCCUGGCAUAAGCAUAGACAAACUACUUACCUCUGAUACAAAAAUACUGAUUAUAGUUUUAAGAGAAUUAAAAUACUUCACAAAAUCCAAAUUAAAAUGUAACAGUAUACUUUGGAAAGUUGGAUCAGAAACCAUCCCGGUAUGAUACGAAUGAUUACUUUGACAUCGAUCAGUCUCAUUUCUGAUAUAAUUAUUGUGUACAAACUAAUCCUUGAUGUUUAAUUUCCCUGUCGUCUUAAAAACAUCUUUGUUGUAAUCUUGUGUGUUGUAAAUACCAACUAAAGAGCAAAUCAUCUACCUUUCUAACAGUGUUUAAUUCCACGUCAAUCAGGAAUUGUAAUUUAUUUUACUGAGCAUCUUUAAGGUUUGUAAAUCUUUGGACCAUGAUAAAGAGAUGAUUGUUAGGGGUCUAAGAUCAAAGUAGGCUAAUAUUCUAAUAAAAGUAAAACAUUUUUAUCGUAAUAUGUAGAAAAAGAAGUGAAAUCAUAUCAAUAGAUCAAAUUACUCAGUUGUAUGUAAAACACCCCUGUCCUCAUCACUGCCAGUUAGGGUGUUUUAUAUAUUAAAGUUUUAUAUUGUGUAUUUCAUGAGGUAGUGUCUUAAAUAUGUAUAAAACACACAAAAAAGGUUGUGUUUUACUGAUUAUAAGCCAAGGGAACCUAGCCAAUAGAAAAAUUCCUAAAUUCAGCAGAAUGUUGAAAAUAUAAUUGGAAGCCUGAUCACCAUUUUUUUAAAUGAGAGUUUGGUUGAUUAUUUCUAAGCUGGAUACUAUAAGCUUUUUUGAGAGGAGAAGAGGAAAAAUGAAAUGAUCCAUCCAUCAUAGCUACCAAUUCAGGCUAUGAUUAGUGUCAGGUGUUGGAUUGAGGGUAUUAUAGAGUUGUUGUGUGAAAAGAAGGACAAUGUGCUGUCAGAUAUUGGAUCGUGGGAGAUAGUUGUCACACAACAGUGAAACAUACUACAUCAAGUGGUGGAUUUUGUUGUUUUCAGAUGUGAAUGGAAUAUGAAUAUAUUGUAGAUUGAGAACUGCUCAUGUUUGUUUUUUGAAACCUAUAAAAUUUUAAAUAGAUUCUAGUUUUUGUUAAAGUUCUAAUAUUAUGUUAUCUGAUAAAAGUGUGCAAUUAUUUAUUCAUGUUUCCUUAAGUGUAAACAUUAUCAUUCUAUUGUGUUUUGUGCUGAGGAAAUCUGAUUGUUUGGUGGCUAAUUCAGCAUCCAAACAAACCAGAACCUUUUUUGUUAACAUGUAUCUUCCUAAUGAUUUUGUUUUUAUUUAUAAACAGCUUCCUUGUAAACUUAAAUCCUAAAAUAUUUUAUGUUUCCCGUCUCCGAAUGAGAUAGAGAUAAAGAUUUGAGUUACAUCAGCAUUUUAACAAUAUGGUUGUGACAGGUAUCUAUUGAUAAAUCCAUAGAAAUAGUGCUUAAUUGUUAUUAUCCAAAUACAAUUUAGACUUUGUUAUCUUAUCUUUAACCUUACUUUCAACUUUUAAAUGGUUAAGUGAAUUUGCAGUGAAAAUCUUCAUCUAAGAUUAACCUGCCUAUUGUGACCAGCCUCCAGUACAUACAUCAGUUCCUUAUACACUGGUGCUGUUUACAUGGACUUAAGGUGACUGGUCACUAUAGACAAGUUGUUGAUGAAAUAGACUUAGGUAGAUUGAUGACCUGUAUUUGAAGUGUAAAUGGACAUAAUAACACCUGUGUAUAGUGGCCAGUGUCUAGUUUUUAUCAUUACAGGCUGCUGAAGACUGAUAUUACCUGUGUAUAGUGGCCAGUAUCUAGUUUUUAUCAUUACAGGCUGCUAAAGACAGGUAUUACCUGUGUUUAGAGGCCAGUGUCUAGUUUUUAUCAUUACAGGCUGCUGAAGACAGGUUUUACCUGUGUUUAGUGGCCAGUGUCUAGUUUUUAUCAUUACAGGCUGCUGAAGACAGGUGUUACUUGUGUUUAGUGGCCAGUGUCUAGUUUUCAUCAUUUCCGCCCACUAUGGACAGGUGUUUUGAUUUUCACUGGUUGAUAGCCAUAGUAUUAGGGAUUGUAUUUUUAAUUUAAGAAAAGAUAGAGAUUUUCAGUAUUUGGAGCAUUUCUGUGAUAUCCCUUACACUGGAUUAUGUUCUGAUUGUAUGUUCAUACCUUAUUUAUCAUUAGCUCCAGAGGAUAUAGGAUUAUUAUCCACAUACUAUCAUAUAGAAUUGUUAAGUAUUUAGGUAUUUUUUGUCUUUCACAAAAGUUUUCCCCUAAUAAAAUCUAUUUGACUGUU